UACAUGUGAUGGUGACGUAUUCUAUUUGGGUAGUGUAGCCGGAAGUAAAGCUUUUGCAUUACGUCUAAAUCGAGAAGAAAAACAACAAUAAGAAGAUAUUCAUCCUCGGACCAUCAAGGACCCUACCAGCAUGUCGAAUAUGGAGAAGCAUCUCUUCAAUCUCAAGUUUGCAGCCAAAGAACUGCAACGAAGCUCUAAAAAAUGUGACAAAGAGGAAAAGGCAGAGAAGGCCAAAGUCAAAAAAGCUAUCCAAAAAGGAAAUGUGGAAGUGGCACGGAUCCAUGCGGAAAACGCCAUCAGACAGAAGAACCAGUCGGUCAACUUCCUUAGGAUGAGUGCUAGGAUUGAUGCAGUGGCCGCCAGGGUCCAAACAGCAGUCACAAUGAACAAGGUCACAAAAUCUAUGGCUGGAGUGGUGAAAGGCAUGGAUGCCACAUUGAAGAGUAUGAACCUGGAGAAGAUCUCCGGCCUUAUGGACAAGUUUGAGCAUCAAUUUGAGACGUUGGAUGUACAGACCGCUCAAAUGGAGGACACCAUGAGUAGCACAACCACACUAACCACCCCACAGAAUCAAGUGGAUUCACUGAUGCACGAAUUGGCUGAUGAAGCAGGGUUGGACCUGAACAUGGAGCUCCCACAGGGUCAGACUGGAUCAGUGGGCACCAGUGUUGCGUCAGCAGAGCAGGAUGAACUGUCUUCAAGGCUUGCCAAACUCCGAGACCAAAUGUAAAGGAAGAACUCCGUCUGAGACCUCAAUUGCAGAGUUACAUGGCCUGAACUGGAUAAGAAUCCAAGACCUGCUCUGUUCUUUUCAUAAUGUCUUCAUCUCACUCCUUUAGUUUUUCCUCUUUGAAGAUCCUACUGUAUCCUGUUUGAGAGGCUUGCCCUUGGGUCCUUAUUGGUGUUCUUAAUUUACCAUUGUAAAUAGAGAGUAUCAAGUUACAGAAAUAUAAGCCACCCGCCUACAAACACUAAAAUAAAGACUAAUUGGUAAUGGAAAAUGAAUGCCAUAUUUGAAAUAAUAUAUAUUAUAACUGGGAUGGUUGCAUCUGCAACUGAUGCUUUUUGUAUGUCCAUUUCUUCUUGUGUUGUAGUUUGGCAGACCUCUUAAGAUGCAACUGCAAUGUUAUAUUAGUUUCUUUCUGGUGUCCCUCCUUUUAGACAUUUUCUCAUACAAUAUUUUAUUCACAUGUGUAUGUAUCAAACCAGCAUUGUUUUAUGGAGAGUUUGGUUGAUUCUUACAUUUGAUUGAUAAUUCUGAGUCUUGGGGUGUAAUUUUUUUGUCCACACUGAUUAGGUUAUUAGAUAAUAAUACAAUUUUAUAACACUUUUAA